GGAAAAAAGAUAAACUAAUUUGCCGAUCCGCUCGCUACAUAGUAAUUUGUUGAUGUCUCCGUUAAGUUUUACGUUUCCGGAUUCAGAAAAGGCACAUUAGCAAUGAAUACUGACGAGAAAUGUGUUGUUGAUGGUUUGUUUUUUUAUGAUGUCUUACUUCAUAUCUUCAAGUUUCUUGACUACAGAAGCCUGCUAAAUUGCUUAAAAGUUUGCAAGCAGUUUAACGAAGUAGCCAAAUCAGAAGUUCUCUGGAAGAGGUUGUACAACAAGCAUUGGGACACGAUAAGAAGUAACGACACAGAAGACAGAGGCAAAACGAGUUGGCACCAACAGUUCAUAUCAGAAUACAAAGACAAAUGGAGGUAUGUAGACAUGUAUAAAGAAGUUUUACAAGCUUGGGUGGACAUAAAAAGUUUCUACUUGCAACUAUCACCUCCAGUUAUUUUUAGCCUGCGUGAUGGGCUGACAGAAGAGGAGUUGGAUGAUUUUGAAAAGACUACUAACGUUAAGCUGCCAAAUGAGCUGAGAUGUGUGUACAGGUUUCAUGAUGGACAGGUAUGGCAAGCUGCUGAAGCUGCUUCUAACAAUCUUGGUUUGUUUGGCUAUCUACACUGCUAUGACCACGUAAGGAAUGAAGUCUUUUUACCACUUAGGCGUAGGAACUUGAACAGAUCAGGUGACUGUCGUCACUUGCUGGUCAGUGAGAGUGCACUGUUCAAGUUGUACGUUUGUUUGGAGGGUUUCAAGGACGUCAAGUUUGGGAAUGUCGUGAACAAGUUGCACUUCCUCAACGCCGAUAGCUACAGUGUUCCCCAUCUUGUUGCUCAAAACUUCAAGGAGUACUUUGUGGAUUUUGCAAACAGAAUCAAAACCGAAUACUUUCCUGUUAUCAACGGAAUGGUCUACAAGUUCUACACAGAGCCGAGUCAGAAGUUAGAGACUCGUAAUAUAACCAUUCAGGUACACACUGCCUUCUUACCUGAGAGAUCCUAUGUUGAGCAUUACACACACGCCUACCUAGUUAGGUUUUCAGUGGGUCCCAGCCCACCCUUGAGUAGCGUCGAUAGUGACGAUGGCACUUGUCAGCUGGUCAGUCGCCACUGGGAGAUCGCUGAUGGAGAGAAGGUAGAUGUUGUCGAUGGAGCCGGAGUCAUUGGAGCCUAUCCGAUAUUUAAACCGAACUCAAAGUUUUCAUACGUCAGUUGUGUUGUACUGCACAAUUUGGUGGGGUCAAUGAAAGGUCACUUCACCGUGAAGAACCUCAGAACAAACGAAAAAUAUCAACUAAUUGUGCCUGAAUUCAAAAUGUCCUGUGGCUUUAUUGGGAAACAGGUGUUAAGUUGUUGAUUGGUUUGUUGCUUGGUUGGCUGACUGGCUGGUUGGCUGACUGGCUGAAUGGCUGAUUAAUUAAUUGAAUAAUUAACUGACUGACUGACCGAUGGUGAUUGUUUGAUUUGAUUGAAUUAGUUUAUUUUUUUCUUACGGCUAACAUAAAUUUUCCGGUGAUAUUGUUGGCGAUGGAGUGGUGGUAAUGGUGGUUAUGAUAAUGAUGGUCUUGGUGGUAGUGAUGAGGAUCAUUUCAGAGAAAAUAAUGAUUUCGGCGAAGGUGUAAAAUUUUGAAUAUUUACAAACUUUGGGCUACCGGAUUGUUCUUAUCCCAACAGUUACAUUUUUAUUUGUUACCAUUUUUAUCUCAUUUCAUUUUGUUAACUGUACGCUACUUCAAAGAAUAUUAUUAAUUUGUGUGUGUAUAUAAGUGUAUAUGUGUGUGUUUUGUUUAUAUGUUUAUAUUUCUACACACACAUGCAUAAAUAUAUCAUUAAUUUAUGAAUAAAUUAACGCAGGCAUUAAUGUAUGAGUGUGAUUAGUUUUGGAUGAAUGAAUGAGUAAAUAAACGAGUAAAUGGAUGAAUAUUUUUGUGAUCCAUAGAGCUACAACGGUAGAACUUUAUAAUGAGAAACAAUUUCAUCUGUUUAAAUGAAAUUCUUUCGGCAAACAUUUUGAUUGAUGUAUUUGGUAACUUUUUUCAUCCAUUUUUUAUAACAAACUUAAUGUGACUUUUAAAAAUUGAGUUUUAUUACACUCGGUGUUCUCAAUAAGUUAACUGUCGAUAAAAAAAUUGAAUGAAUAUGUUCUGCGCAAUAAUUUUAAAUAAUUUUAUUAUUUUUCCUGUUUAUCGUCUCGACGUUUUUACAAACUUUUCUAAAUUCAUUCCUUCACCGAAUCGGGAAAUUAGCGUUAAAAAUAGUCAUCAACUCUAUCGU